AUGUGUGGCAUCUUUUGCCUGUUGAGUCUGUCUGCAGCUCAGUCCAAGCAGGACAAAACAAUCUGGGAACAUCUGCGGAGAAGAGGACCCGACUCGAGCCGGGACGUCACGGUUACAGGGACAGACUCUGGUUAUCGGUGCUCAUUCUCCGCCCAUGUUCUUCACAUGAGGGGCCUCCUCACCCCUCAGCCACUUCAGGACGGCGCUGGGAACGUCCUGAUGUGGAACGGGGAGAUCUUCGGAGGCCUGCCUGUGAAUCCUGAGGAGAACGACACCACUGCUGUCUCUCAGAUGCUGGAGUCCUGCAGAACACCUUCAGAGAUCCUCUCGGGCCUAUCGGCCAUCCGCGGGCCGUGGGCGUUUGUUUAUCACCAGAGGGUUGAAGACUUCCUCUGGUUCGGGAGGGACUUCUUCGGCCGACGGAGCUUGCUGUGGAAGUGCGCCUCGGAAACGUUGACUCUGACAUCGGUGGCAGCUCGGGCGUCGGGGCCCGAUCUCUGGAACUGGACAGAAGUCCCAGCAGCUGGUGUGUUCAGGGUUGAUCUGAAGGAGUUUGCACGAACUGGUUCUGUUUCACUGGAGAUGUUUCCGUGGGAUCAUGCCGGUAAUCCCACAACCAGUUUGGAAUCUUUUCCCAGUGACUGCAGGAUUGUACCAAACCAAGCUGGUCUCAUUCUCUCUUCCCCAGUUUGUCCUUUAAAUGUGUCACUUCCUGCUUCAGUAAGUAAAACAGAACUGCACCCAGAAUCCCGUUUAUCUGUUGGGGACCUGGAGAAGCUGCUGGCGGGAAGAGAGCGACCGGAUCAGGUGAGGCAUCUGAUCCAAGUCCUCAGUGAGGCUGUGAAGAGACGAGUUCAGUCUCUGCCUUUCAGACCACAAGAACUCUCUUCUUCUCCCAACGAUUCUGCAAGUGUUGCUGUACUUUUUUCAGGAGGGAUCGAUUCGAUGAUCCUGGCCGCUUUAGCGGACCGCCACAUUCCCAGUCAUCAGCCGAUAGAUCUGCUUAACGUUGCCUUCAAACUCCAGGAGCCAAAAAAACACAGCAGCUCUGCAAAGAAACUCGGGAACCACAAAAAGGAUUCCCUGGACUCCAGGAGCGACCCGACAGGUUCCCAAACAUUCGGCCCCUUCGACGUUCCGGACAGACUCACGGGAAGAGCCGGGCUGGAGGAAUUGCAGCGCUUGAAUCCAGACAGGCAUUGGAAUUUUGUUGAGAUCAACGUGACUCAGGAGGAGCUGCAGAAGAUGCGUCAGGAGCGGAUCUGUGAUGCGGUCCAUCCUCUGGACACGGUCCUGGACGACAGCAUCGGGUGUGCCGUGUGGUUCGCUGCGAGAGGAGCCGGAGCCGUCGAGGAGGACGGCGGUCCGACAGCCUUCACUUCCUCAGCCAAGGUAAUCCUGACUGGGAUCGGAGCGGAUGAGCAGCUGGCGGGUUACUCCCGUCACAGAGUCCGAUUUAACACGUCUGGACAUGAAGGACUCCUCCGGGAGUUGUCCAUGGAGCUGAGCAGGAUAUCCUCCAGGAAUUUAGGCCGGGAUGACAGAGUGAUCGGUGACCACGGGAAGGAAGCCAGGUUUCCCUACUUGGACGAGGACGUGGUGAGUUACCUGAACUCCCUUCCCGUCUGGGACAAGACGGACCUGUCUCUUCCCCGCGGCGUCGGUGAGAAGCUCCUCCUGAGGUUGGCGGCGAAGCAGCUGGGCCUCGGCCAAUCAGCUGUCCUGCCCAAGAGAGCCAUGCAGUUCGGCUCGCGCGUCGCAAAGAUGGAGGACCGCCGUGAAAAGGCUUCAGAUAGAUGCAGGAGACUCCUCACGGGGCAGACCAUUUAAUGAUGGGAAACACUUUUUACAGUCAGACUGAUCUGUCUGAAUCAUAAAAAAAAUCUUUUUUUAUUAAAAGAUUUCUUCUAAAUCAUGUAA